AUGGCGCUAUCUGGCACGCCUGUGAGAGCGAGAAGGGUUUUAUCGGAUCUGGGGUAUGUAGUAAGGUUUUCCUCUUUAUCUGACAAAUUAUAUCUUCAAGAGUGCUGUUGUCUUCUUUACUUUAUGUAA